CUCUUCGCAAUUCUAUAUAAACCCUCUGCUCCUCAUUGCACCUUCAUCAUCUUCUUCAUCACAACUCUACCGUCUCCUCUUUUCCUCUCUUUAAUUUAAACAACCACCACUAGUUCCUAAAAGAGAUUUUCUCUUCAUUAGUUUUUGUUUGUUGGUGUCUAUAUUUUCAUCCACAAUAAUGCCUGCCGGAGGUUUCUCGGCCAAGCCGGCCGGAGGGGUGGAGUUCGAGGCGAAGAUAACGCCGAUCGUCAUCAUUUCCUGCAUAAUGGCUGCCACCGGUGGCCUCAUGUUUGGUUACGACGUUGGAGUUUCAGGGGGGGUCACAUCGAUGCCCGAUUUCUUGAAAAAAUUCUUCCCAACUGUGUACAGGAAGACGCAGGAUCCCACAAUCAAUAGCAACUACUGCAAGUAUGAUAAUCAAGGCUUGCAAUUGUUCACCUCGUCACUGUACUUGGCUGGCUUAAUAGCAACUUUCUUUGCGUCCUACACCACUAGAAAGCUAGGCAGGAGGCCAACCAUGUUGAUUGCUGGGGUUUUCUUCAUUAUUGGUGUGGUGCUUAAUUCUGCGGCUCAAGACCUUGCCAUGCUCAUCAUUGGCAGGAUUUUACUCGGCUGUGGAGUUGGUUUUGCUAAUCAGGCUGUGCCUCUGUUUCUAUCUGAGAUAGCACCCACAAGAAUACGUGGAGGCCUAAACAUACUCUUCCAGCUUAACGUUACCAUCGGCAUUCUUUUUGCUAACCUUGUCAAUUACGGGACUGCAAAAAUUAAAUCGGGAUGGGGUUGGAGAUUAUCGUUGGGAUUGGCUGGCAUUCCUGCACUUCUCUUGACUUUUGGGGCUCUCCUGGUGUUAGAAACCCCUAACAGCCUCAUUGAGCGAGGCCGCUUGGAAGAAGGAAAAUCAGUUCUCAGAAAGAUUCGUGGCACAGAUAAUAUUGAACCAGAGUUCCUGGAGCUUGUUGAGGCAAGCCGUAUAGCAAAAGAAGUGAAGCAUCCAUUCAGGAAUCUUGUGAAGAGGAGGAACCGCCCCCAGUUGGUUAUAGCAGUAGCCUUGCAGAUCUUCCAGCAACUCACAGGCAUCAAUGCAAUCAUGUUCUACGCUCCUGUCUUAUUCGACACUCUAGGAUUUGGCGGCGAUGCUUCCCUGUAUUCAGCUGUUAUAACAGGUGCAGUGAAUGUUAUUUCUACUGUUGUAUCCAUCUACUCAGUGGACAAAGUAGGACGCCGAAUGCUGUUAUUGGAAGCUGGAAUCCAAAUGUUUGUCUCUCAAGUGAUAAUAGCAGUAAUCCUAGGAAUCAAGGUUAAAGACCACUCUGAGGACCUUCAUCGUGGAUUUGCAGUCUUAGUGGUUAUUAUGGUGUGCACUUUUGUUUCUGCAUUUGCCUGGUCUUGGGGACCUCUUGGAUGGCUAAUCCCCAGUGAAACUUUCCCAUUGGAGACCCGCUCAGCUGGUCAGAGUGUUACUGUUUGUGUCAACUUGCUCUUCACAUUUGCUAUAGCACAGGCCUUCCUCUCUAUGCUGUGCCAUUUCAAAUAUGGCAUCUUCUUGUUCUUCUCUGGCUGGGUGUUUAUCAUGUCAUUUUUCGUGUUUUUCCUCGUUCCAGAGACCAAAAACAUACCUAUUGAAGAGAUGACGGAGAGAGUGUGGAAGCAACAUUGGCUCUGGAAGAGAUUUAUGGAUGACAAUGAGGAGAGAGCAAUUGAAAUUAAUGGUCAGAAAUCACAGAAAAAUGGGCAUACAAAUGGAUUUGAUCCUGUUACCCAGUUGUAAAUUUGAAAGAGGAGGUUUCAAUUAAGCUAUACCUUACAAGAACAUUGUUUUCAUAUUAGAAUAUAGAUAGGUAUCAUUAUAUUUUCACAAUACAAUGUUGUCUAAUUUAUUAUUUUAAAGGAAUGAAGAAUGUCUUUUAAUUUUCUCUA